CGCCGUCGCUUUACGGCAGCGCGGAGGCGCCAUGGAGGGCGGCGGCAACUCCAGCAGCAAGGGCAGCGGCCUCGGCGGCCUCUUCGGCGCCGGUGGGGCCGGGUACUCGCACGCCGACCUGGCCGGGGUGCCGCUAACGGGAAUGAGCCCUCUGUCCCCGUAUUUGAGCUUGGACCCCAAGUACCUCGUACAGGAUACAGAUGAGUUUAUCCUGCCCACAGGAGCCAACAAAACUCGUGGCAGAUUUGAGUUAGCCUUUUUCACCAUUGGAGGAUGUUGUAUGACAGGGGCAGCAUUUGGUGCACUGAAUGGCUUGCGACUUGGCUUGAAGGAGACUCAGAACAUGGCAUGGUCAAAACCUAGAAAUGUACAAAUUCUAAAUAUGGUGACAAGGCAAGGAGCAUUAUGGGCGAACACUCUGGGAUCUCUGGCUUUGCUGUACAGUGCUUUUGGAGUCAUCAUUGAAAAAACACGAGGUGCAGAAGAUGACCUGAAUACCAUAGCUGCUGGAACCUUGACAGGAAUGCUAUACAAAAGCACUGGUGGAGUGCGUGGGAUAGCACGAGGGGGCAUUGCAGGUCUGACUCUCACCGGCCUCUACGCUCUGUAUAACAACUGGGAGCACAUGAAGGGCUCCAUUUCCCGGCAGUCCCUCUGAGCAGGGCAGCCAGCGCCGGGCAGAGGACACGCUUGCACAGUCACCAAUCCAAUCACUGCGAGAUCUGUCUGGUGCCCUUUCCUAUUCUAUUUACAAUUAGUGAGAAACUGAAGGAAGCUGUGUUGGGAGGAACCUCUUGCCACCGUUUGGCUGGAUUGGCCCUUUCCUUCCUGCCAGCCACUUGUUGGAGGCAGUGAUAGUUGUUGGACCUGCAAGCGAGCGGAGCGGCCACCACGACAGUCUCCCUGACACGCUCACCAGCCAGCCCUGGGCCAGAGCCAUGCAGUGUGCUUGAGUCCCAUCACUGUGCCAGCUGUGCUGCCAGGUCUGGGCAGAUGAGUGCUGCUGCUGCACAAUAAAGGCUCUGUCCAUAGAGCCCUUCACUGUGGUCUGUCAACAGCACCUGGGCAGCCGGAGCAGGUGGGAGAUUCCAGCAGCAACUGGCACAGGGCAGGGCUCGUUGCUCUUACAGCUCAGGGUAAGCUGUUAAAAGGGAUAUUGUAAUUAAUAAAAAGGGUGGUACUUAUGCAA